CUCUGAAGGUCUGCUCCAUCUUAUCUCCCUUUUACAAUGAGUACCUUCAGCAGCCAUGUGGUGUUAAAGUGCACGUAUUGACUGAGGAUGAGAGCUUCAGGAACCAUGUCAAAUUAGUGAUAACUAUUUGAUAGCACUGGAAAAUGUGAAAAAACAGAUCCAAACUUAUAGAUAGAAAUUGAAGUGCGGAUUUCAUGAAACUUUUUAGAUUGGGAGAGACUGACCACCUGACAGCUACGUGACCUAUACAAAGGGUUUUCCCCCCUGUUAAGAGGGUCGUAAUCAAAAUAACCGCGGUUAGGCGCUGACUGACCUCCUACACCAGCUAAUUGCCGUUGGAUGGGUUGAAAGAAGCCAGGAACGCACAUCAACCAAUAAAAUGUUUUCAAAAUGACAAGAAAUCGCCCAAGCCUGAGCGCGUUUCCUGGUCUGGAGUAAUUAUUUUCGUUAAAGACCAUUGGAAAAGACAACGCGAGCAUGGCAAGUUCAACGCACAUGCCACGUCCCAACAUUACAAACGUGGAUGGGUUUACCGGAGGGCUUAUCACCAACAAAGGUGAAAUACCAGGCGGCAGGGAGCUAGAGAGCGCUGCACACCGUGCAGUUAAUGUUACAGAGGCUCUAUUGGAAGCACGGAACACCUCUGUUGCCGGAGGCGUCAAUGGAAACAUCUUCCCCGAGCUUUUUCGGUACAAUUCCAGUGAUUUUGACAAGACAGUUGCCGCCAAUGAGUCGAGAAAUUAUCACAUAGCUAAAAACGUCAAACAGAUUCUAAUCAAAGGUUUUCAAACGAACUUAGAAAAUACUACGCGCAACGCCGACGGGGACGUGAUUAGAUACGCAAACACAGAAGCCAAUAAAGAGUCCGGGUUUCCAGGAGCUGCUUCAGAAUCUGACGGCGCUGCUACCACGACGCUCCGCAGCUGGUGGCCAAGUUACGGUGACUUCAACAACAACAGUGAUAUUUCUACUUCUUCCGUUUUUCAAAACACCACUUCAAGUGUUCCUUCCGAUGCUAAGUCAAUACUACGGUCAGGUCUUAAAAACUUGACCGAUGAACUUACCAGCGGCUCUGAUACUGAUGGUGCUACGACUCCCCACACUGUCCAGAUUACACUAAGCGGCGAGUCACGGCCUUCUCACUUGCAGCUUUGGACAAAACGUUUCACUGAGACGACCUUUACCGACCAUUUCCGUGGCACGGUAGGGGAUCAAACAACAGGCAGCUACUACAGAGGUAACUUUAUAAAUACUUUCAAUAAUGUAACCGAUAUAGACGAUGGAAUCGGCGUCGGAACUGAAUCAGCUAUCACCACGUCGUCACCUGGCAUUGAACGCGCCGCUGAUUUCUUCAAUGUGUCCUCUAUUAAUAACUCAACACCGACUUUUAAUAACAGUGCAUCAGUAACGCAUUUUACAGACCGACAAAACAUUACCGCGGAAUUGUUCGAUGGUGCUAAAGCUGCCGCGCAGGCUUUCACGGAAUCUAUUAAAGACCCUGGAACAUUUUUUACUUCAUCACCUUCUGAAGCAGGUGAACUAAACAAACAUUAUUCAAGCACACCUGUCGGUAGUUCAUCUGUAAACUCAUCAUCGGGCUAUUUGAAUUUAACUUCCAUUACUCCACCUACUUUAUCUGAUCUAUCGGAAACGCUGGUAGAUAACUUAACACAGUCUAGCUUCCAGCACGAGGAACUGCAGUCAAUAUCGAGCUUUGCGCAGUAUCCGGCUUAUGAUCAACUCCAAAGUGCAAAAACCGUCGCAAACACAUUUCCGAGUGUUGUUGCGAACAGCAGUGAUUGGACAAAACCCUCGAGUGUUGUUCGAGAGACGAUAAGUGUCGUGCACAAUGUCACUGGAAGUUUAACCGAAGCGCUGACCGCUAAUACAUCCUCUCUUGUUACCGAGAGGCUGAAAGAGAGCUUUAACAGCACGUGGUCGACGAACGCCGCGGCUGCAGCCGGCGCUGGUCCCCAUGGAGAAAGCGCGUUCCUAGGGAAUACCACCCUGGCAGACCUCAUGUGUCCUAACGCCACUUGGUGCGUGUCUGUCACCACCGAGUACGCCAACGUGACCAAUGGUACAGAGGAGAGCGACGCGGAUAUACGCUACUGGCUUCUCUUCCUCCUCUUCAUCCCACUGUUGACUAUCUUCGGCAACGUUCUGGUGUGUUUAAGUGUCUUUAAGGAGAAGUCUUUGCAGCAUGUGACCAAUUAUUUCAUCGUCUCCCUGGCCGUGGCGGACAUCAUGGUGGCCUUCCUGGUGAUGCCCCCGGCCGUUUAUUAUGAGGUGCGGGGACUGUGGAUGCUGAGCGAUAUUCUCUGUGACGCCUGGGUGUCGUUUGACGUCAUGUUCUCUACGGCUUCCAUCUUGAACCUUGUGGCUAUCAGUGUAGACAGGUUUAUAGCUGUGACACAGCCUAUCAAAUAUGCCAAGCAUAAAAAUUCUAAGAGGGUUUAUGUGACGCUGGCUCUUGUUUGGGUAAUAUCGGUGGCCAUAGCGUUGCCCAUUGCAUUGGGUCAAAACUAUUCGCCUCAGCGCGGGCCACACGAAUGCAGGUUUUACAACUCCGACUUCCUAAUAUGGUCGUCCAUGGGGUCUUUCUAUAUACCUUGUAUUAUCAUGGUUUUCUUAUACUGGAGAAUAUUCAGGGCCAUUCGACAGCGGGGUAAAAAAGCCAAAAAGAUGACCCGUGCUAACGUAAUUGAGAACCCCGCACAACAAGAUGACUCAUCAGAUGAGAAAAAGCCUUUAAAACAAGAUCAACUGAAGUUAGACACCCGGGUGGAACUGGAAAAUUUGAAAACGACUUCUUGUACUGUAACCACGAUGCUUGCCCCUGCGUCUGACGAAGAAGACGUGUGGGUUCGCAUGGAAGACGUUCACAGGACCAUGGCAGCAAACGACGGAAGUCACGUGAUUGCGAACAGUACCGCAGAAACCGCUCUUAUUGACUCGAACAACAAAAACCCGCAUCAGAACGGAAAAACCACAAACAGUAACAUGGUACAAAUAUCUGCUUCUGACAGUGAGUCCAUACCCAACUCACCCGAUACAAACCGGCUAAAAUUCUUUCAAACAGCUAAAAACAAGUUACUGUGUAGAAACGGAUCUGUCAUUGGCGAUACGCAUCCAGGGAAUGGCCAUGGGAAAAAACAAGGGUUGCGACCCCAUAUAAAAGUGACUUUCCCUCUUACGAGGCGUAAGACGAAGCGGGAAGGCUCUAAAGAAAAGAAGGCAACAAAGACAUUGGCUAUUGUGUUAGGUGUGUUUUUAUUUUGCUGGGUGCCUUUCUUCACCGUCAAUAUCAUCAACGCCAUCUGUAUCCGGUACGAGUUGAAGGAGCAUGCCUCAGUGUGUAAUAGCAUCGAUGGCUUGUUGUUUUCCCUUUUCACGUGGCUUGGCUACGUCAACAGCUUCAUGAAUCCCGUCAUCUACACCGUCUUCAAUAUGGAGUUCCGGAAAGCUUUUAAGAAACUUUUAACGAAUCCGUGUGCAAAAUAUUGAAAGUGACUGACAAAGUGCAGUCUACACCGUUUUCAAUGCGGAUUCCCGUUAAGCUGUCAAAGAUAGUGCUAAUAAUAUACAGCACGUCAAAUCUCGUUAAGAAGACACCAAUGAUUGUCGAUGUUCGACCUUCUUGAAAGCUUUUAAAGAAGUGUGACGAUGUCUUCACUGUAACAGUUCCGUUCUGUGGCUUAUCUUUAACAGUCUUCAAUAUUUACGAGGUAUAAUGGGAGUUCAGUCGACUGUAAGUUCGGAUAUUAGCAAGAAUCGGUGUAACGAAACUGAGGGUCAGUGUAACAGAAAGUCCGCCCUCCAUUUAGAUAUAAUGGUUAGGGUUAGCCUGACUUAAAUGGGUCAAGAUCUAGCGCGAGGCUUACCUGUACAAAUAAAUGGGAAGCGGACUCUCUAUCAAGGGGGACUCGCGUUACACCGGCUGAUUGUGAAAAGCAGUGUGGUAUACCAGCUGACCGAUUGCUUCUUGAUAAGUAUUACUAUACUUACAUGGCAUCAACAUAAAGUAUCACCAAUAACACAUUUUCAAAGAGUACUAUAGAAUUUUUGGCCUAGUUUUGAGAAUGAGAUUGCAUGAAUCUUAGACGCUUUUUAUUUACUAAAACUCGAACUUCAGAUAAAAAGUCGUCAUUUGAAAGUAAUGUCUCAACACAUACGUCAACAGCUAUGAAUCUUAUCAGUCGCUUGCGAAUGCUCUUUUUUACUUUGAUCUCUCUCUGCGAUGUUGUUAACUCGUAGACAUCAGCAUUGGCAACCAAUUAGUGACUUCUGUUUUUUACAUUCUACACAGGUUCAAAGCAAAUUGCAUAAUUCAGCGAGGUUGCGCCAUAGGACAACCCCAGACCAAACUUCUGAAUAUUUUAUAUCACAGUUGUUUCUUAAUUCAAAUUAAAUUUUGAGUGAAAUCGUUACAGUGAAUGUCCCCAUUUAAGACUCACUCGCCUCCGUUAUCUAGAAAGUUUUAGUCAUCAUUAAUUAGUUGUUACUAAGCUACUAAAUUACUAAGAGGCACUUUAUGAAUAAAGUUAAUCUUGUGUGUUAAAGUAAUAUCUCUAUAGGUAACGGGGUUUUUGGGUGACAGGAAGUUGAAUAGUCAGCACAAUUAUUAGAAAAUACUUGUAUCUGAAUACUGCGACGAUGGUGAAUUUGAAUUAUUCAUUGCUUUUGUAAAUUUUCAAAACAAUAAAUUCCUAGGCGAGAAAGUUAUUAAUUAAGUAACUGCACUUCUUAUGGACGUUCAUUAGUGGUAAUGCCGUUGGCUGUAACGCAAAAAAGGCUGUGUUAGUUGAGAUAUAUGAUAUAGUACUUUGAGGUCUCAACUAUCGCAAUUCAGUUCAAUAUUGUGUCGAUAGAUCCCCUGUGACUGUUGUAUAGAAAUGUUAUCUCUCCAGUAUAUUGGCAGUGAUACACAUAAAAAGAUGAUUAAGGAGGAAACUAAAACUGAGAUACUUCUACAUUAUAUUUGAAUAUGAUUAAUAUGCACUGAUGUCAUUCCGCAUCCGUAAACGAGACGAAUCUACAUACAUAAAUGCUGAUUGUUAUUUGUAUUCUGGUGGGCCUAUAUAUACCACGCUGUUCUAUAACUGGCUGCAGUGACAAGUUAGUGCAGAUAUAUACAUGUAUGGAUUUGCAUGCAUUGUGAUAAUUAUUAUGAUUUAUAAUAAAAGCAAAUAUUGUGGGCUUUAAUGUUCAUUGUUUUAUAUGUCUGUAUGAUAGUGUCUUAUGCAGGUGGAUCUCACUUUUAGUGGGUCGUAGGACUACUCCUCCCUCUCCCUCCACGCACACACGCACGUGCGCACGCGUGCACGUACGC